CGAUCCCGUUUGCUAACCCAAAGAAUGAGGAUAAAAUCCCUUCUAAUUGGUUAAAUUAAGAUCAAAGGGACGAACCAAUUAAGACCAUCUUCUGGUAAUACUCAACAUUAAUUAGUCUUUUUUUUUUUAAUAUUUAGUUUGAUUGUUGCUGGUUACAAUUUUGUUUUACUCAAGUAGUCAAGUGGUUGCAAACUUUUAUUAAUCUUUGAAUGUGGAAUAAAUUGUUCAUGUUAAUUUUGGAUUCGAACUUUUGACAUUUAAAUCCAGAGUGGAUGAAAGAAAUGAAAUUUUAGGCUAAAUUGGGCAAAAAUCGAUUUUGAGUUAAUUUUAUAUCAAGUAAUCUACUCACUCCGCCUACGAUUAUCUGCAAUAAUUACCAUAAAUGGGUGCUCUCUGCCCCACCGCAACUAGACCCCAGAUUGCCGCAACAUUCUUUGACAGACCCCACCGCGACCACUAAUCUAAGUUCGUGGAUUUCGGUGGUUGAGUUCGUGGGUUUCGAUUCUAUAUCUGGGGUUGUUGGGUUUCGUAGAGGGUUUCGGUGUUAGGAUAUAUUUAUGUUAAGUUGGAUAUAUUUUGUGAAUAUAUUUGUAUAUAUCUUGCUAGGAGUUUUUUGGUAAGUUAGGUUAAUGUUGUAAGCCUAUAUAUAUUCGUGUUUAAUGGUAAAGUCUCAUUAAGCCGUUUUCUCCUAAUUUGUUUAUUAAAGUUUAACAUGGUAUCAAGAGCCCUCUAAAUUAGAGAUUUUUUUUCCGUUCCUUUUCCAAACACAAAACCUAGCUUUGUUCUUCUUUUCCAAAUUGUUUCCGUGUGUUCCUGGUUUGUGCUUCCGCUUUGUGUGCUCUUUGUUGCUCUUUUUGAGUUGUGAUGCCUGGUGGUGAAGAUGUUCCGCCUCCUAUGGGCCCUCGAUACGAACCAUUUUCAGCCUACUAUCUCCAUCCGACUGAAGGUACAGGGGCUGUGAUAAGCCCUAUUAUGUUGAAAGGAGACAACUAUGAGGAGUGGUCUCGUUCUUUACGCAAUAACCUCCGUGCGAAGAACAAACUCGGUUUUAUUGAUAGUACUAUUACGGUGCCGGAUGCUAAGUCUCCUGAUUUUGAUCAAUGGGGCAUUGUUAAUUCAAUGCUUGUUGCUUGAAUUGUUAAUACAUUGGAUGUUUCUGUGCGAUCAACUGUUCGAUUUCCAGACCAUGUCAAGUCUUUGUGGGAUGAUCUACGUGAUAGAUAUUCCCUUGGCAAUAGCCCUCGUAUUCUAGAGUUAAAGGCUCAAAUUGUAGAUUGCAAGCAACGUGGUAGGCCGGUGGCGGUGUAUUUUGGUGAGUUACGAAAAUUACAAGAUGAAUUGGAUAGUUAUGUCAAAAUUCCCAAGUGUACGUGUACAGCUGCUCCUGAAUAUGCUAAAAUUGUUGAGAGUGAAUUACUCCAUCAAUUUUGUAUUGGUUUGGAGCCAAAGAAAUUUGGCAGUGUGGUGUCUACUCUCCUCAUGAUGGACCCUAUUCCUUCUCUCAAUGUGGCGUAUGCAAAGGUUGUGUCGGAUGAACGCAAGCAAACCGUCUCGGAUGCUCAUGAUAAUCGUCCAGAUGGUGCUGUUGGGUUUGCUGCGUCUAGUACGGCUCAAGGUCGGACUACUUGGUCGAGUAGUGGUGAAUCUCGUGUAUGUGAUCAUUGUGGCAAAAAGGGUCAUGUGAAGGAGAAGUGUUUCGAUCUACAUGGCUGGCCCGAAUCUUUUAAUUCUGGUGGGCGUGGUGGUCAGCGUGGUGGUCGUGGGUCAAGUAGAGGUGGCUGUGGUGGUCGUGCGCAAGGUUCUAGUGGUCGUGGGUUUGCUGGCAGUAUGAGUAGUAGCUCAAAGAAAAAUAAUGGUGAUGAUAUAAAUGAUGCUGACCGUACAAGUGCUCCAACUUUGACUAAUGAACAGUGGGCUCAAUUUAUGAGUGCUAUUAAGGAUGCUAAAGCCCCACCUUCAACUGACAAUAAUUCUCACGGACCGCACUUUGGAGAACCUGAUUGGAGCGGGGGUGCAGUAUAAUGGGGUCUAUCUCUUCCGGCCGGUCCGUGCUCGUAGUUUUCAAGUCAAUUCUAUGGUGGUUCCAGAUGCAAGUAUGUUAUGGCAUAGGCGUUUAGGUCAUCCUUCGAUGAAAGUAGUUUCUUCUUUACUUGGAGUAGCUAGUAGUAGUAUGAAUAAAAAGUGUGGUGUGUUUGAUUGUCAUAUUUGUUUUAUGGUAAACAACCCCGAAACUCUUUUCCUUUGAGUAUGAAUAAAGCA